AUGAGUGCCGGGAAGGCCGCGGGGGAGGCGGCGGGCGCCGCCGCGCCCUCGGCGCUGCCCAGGGUGCUCUCAGCCCUCUUCUACGGGACGUGCUCCUUCCUCAUCGUGCUCGUCAACAAGGCCCUGCUCAGCGCCUACAGCUUCCCAUCACCAAUGUUUCUUGGAAUUGGACAGAUGGCAGCCACUAUACUUAUCUUGUAUGUGUCAAAAUUAAAUAAGAUUGUUCACUUCCCUGAUUUUGACAAAAGUAUACCUGUGAAGUUGUUUCCUCUGCCUCUGAUUUAUGUUGGAAACCACAUAAGUGGAUUAUCAAGUACCAGCAAACUCAGUUUGCCGAUGUUUACAGUGCUCAGGAAGUUUACCAUUCCACUUACUUUACUGCUGGAAAUCAUCAUACUUGGGAAACGAUACCCACUGAGUAUUAUAGUCAGCGUAUUUGCCAUCAUUCUUGGGGCUUUCAUAGCAGCUGGGUCUGAUCUGUCUUUUAAUCUGGAGGGCUACACCUUUGUAUUGCUAAAUGAUAUCUUCACAGCGGCAAAUGGAGUUUACACAAAGCAGAAAAUCGAUCCAAAGGAGUUGGGAAAAUAUGGUGUCCUUUUCUAUAAUGCUUGUUUCAUGGUGGUUCCAACAGUUAUUAUUAGCUUUUCCACUGGAGACUUUCAGCAGGCAACACAUUUCCAGCACUGGACAAAUUUUUUAUUUGUCUUUCAAUUUAUUCUUUCCUGCUUGUUGGGGUUUCUCUUGAUGUAUUCUACUGUCCUAUGCAGUCAUUACAAUUCUGCGCUCACAACGACAGUAGUUGGUGCGAUUAAGAAUAUAUCCAUCGCUUACAUCGGAAUGUUGAUUGGUGGAGAUUAUAUAUUCUCCGUGUUAAACUUUAUAGGGCUAAAUAUUUGUAUGGCAGGAGGACUGAGAUACUCGUUUUUAACCUUAAGAGGAAACAGCAAGCCUACGCAACCUGGGGAUGAAGAGAAUGCACUUCCUGAGUCAAAGAGUUAGCCAAAAUGCCUGUCUUGAAAGAGGCUGAAGAUACAAGUUUGUUUAGCAUUGCUGAGAACUUAAAUAAGUAUAUGCUGGAACAUAUUUGGAGCAAGAAAAAAAAUCUACCUCAGUUGCCACAGAUGUGCACACAAUUCAUUGGUUCAGAAAUAUUCUUGCACGCCAUGUUUUCUACAUGUGGACAAGUUUAAUUUUAGCUUUUUUUACACCAUGAGCUAAUCUAUAGGAAGGAAUGCCAUGAGCAAAUCUCAAGUUGUAAAUUUCUUCAUUUGCCUGUAUUUUGGUGCUAUUUGUACUCAACAAGAUCUGUGAGUUCUGUUUCAGUAUCUGCCAGUACUCUCUGAGGCAAAACUCCUUGUAAAGAUUAUGAGGCUUGUUUCACCAUUGCCUUAUGCCAUAUGCAAUCUUUGAUAUCAGUGAAGAGAUGAAAGAUGCUAGUGAUUCAGAAUGAUGCCAAGUAUGCAUUUCCUCUUGUGUAAGUGAUGUAGAGUGUAUGGGACAAAGAGGAGAUGUGCCCUCAGAUUGUUCCCUGUGUAAGUGUUGACUAAAGAAUUCAGGAUUUGGCCUAAUGUGUUCAGUAUACAUUGUGUAGACAUUCUCUCUCAAUCUUUUCCUCACCCUCAAUAACAUCAUGGUGUUCUGCUGCAAUUGUCACUAUUGUUGUAAGUGAACCCUCAUAACUUUGCUGCAGGAUCAAGGAGAGAAGGAAAUUGAGAGAGGCUUUUUUUAAUAUUUAAAAAUAUUUUUGUGUGUGUGAGCCAGUACCAAGCAGGUGAUUAGGAGAGAUAACAAAGGUAAAUCCAUUUUUGUUUAGGUACAUUCAUCUUUUUAUAUCACAGUCCCCUCCUCUGAUGUUUUGUCUAUAACUACCUUUUAAUGCUGCAGAGAAGUGAUGCUACUAUGUACACACUACAAGAGGGGAAACUGAUAGAUAUAUGGAAGACUAACUUGUGUUUAAAUGAAGAGAAAGGAUCAGUGUCCUAUUGUGUCUUAUAUAUGCAGUAAAAGCUUGUCUGGUGCUAGUUUAUGCUUAAAAUUCGGAGCAAGGAAUCAUAACAAGCCCAGGGGGUUGCUACAGUGGGCAAGGCUGGUCCAGUGGUUAAAAAAAAGGUCCAGAAUGUGGUGGUCUGGGUUCAUCUGGGACAUCAAUGGCACCACUCUGUAUCUUUAUUUUCUUCUCUGAAAAUACAGUUGAAAAUGCUUACCUGUUUCUCUGAGGAUAUAGUGUUAAUCUGUGAAAACACGGUAGAAGCAUUGCAGCGCUGGAAGACAGCAGAGUAAUUAAUCUUGUUGAAGUUCUCAAGUCCCUGCAAGCAUGAGCCAAGAUUUUUUAAAAUAGUCAAAUCAAAAGAAGACUUUGGAAGACCUUGACAUGGAACCACGGUGGUCUAAUGACUUGUUUGAUCCCCGCUUGAAUUAAAAUACAUCUAAAUCUGAAAAGCAUUGCUCUGUGUGUAACACGUGAAUGACCCGACUGGAUUAGAUCUAAGAAACAUGUGAGUAGCUCACACCAGAAGCUUCAGGGAAUGACUGGGCUGCCCACUGCCUGCGUGGGUCUGAAUGGCAAGAGGAGCAGUGACUGCAGAUACUAGAAGUGGAAUUUAAGGGCACAGUCAAAGUGGAAACAGAAGUCUGAGCUAUCCAGUUUCUCACAGCUGGCUAAGAGAUGUGACUUCCAUUUUCUACCUAUUGAAGAGACAGGGAGGGAAAGGGUUGCUGCAAAUAUUUUAGAGAGAGCUUCUGUUUUUAAAAAUUUCCUUUAUACUUAAAAAGCCUUCAAUAUUUUUGAGUGUAUUCUUUCAUAGGACUCCUCUUUCUCCAGAUCAUCUCUACCUCCAGAACCCUAAUUAUUGAACCUCAACUCUCUGCAGUGGGACAAGGCAUUGGAAGGUUUUCAUUAAUUACAAAAAGAUUAUGAGAGCCAUUUGAUUGCAAUACUGAUGGACACACAAUGGCACCUGCUAAGUAAGAUGUAGUUCCCACAAAGGAACAGCUACUGUAUGCAUUUAAUUAAUUAAUAUUUUGCUGUACCUUUUAUAAAUAAAGAGAUACAGAUUAUGGUUUU